CAGGUGGCACUGCAGCAUUGAUUGCAGCUCCUAUCCAUCCCUGCCGCUUCCUGCAAAGACCAGGUCUCCUUCUCCGAGCACCUCUGUGAACACUAUUUCAUGCUGCAGCUGGCAGGUCUCAGUCCCUGUUCCUGUGUCUCUCUCCUCGUUGCUCCUGCUGCAGGCUGCUGCUCCACGAAUCUGUCUUCAACCAACAAGUCAAGAUGAGGAAAAGUGGCAUCCUGAGCAAACAGUAUAUGUGCAGGGGUUUAUUUCAGAGAGGAAUAUGGUUCUUUUCUUCCUGUCCUGAAGUGGAGCUGGAAACUGUCACAGUAAACGUAUCCAUCCAGGACUUUGUAGCCGAUGUGGUGUCUGAGCUGGUUUUCCGCAAUAUGUCGCAAGUUUCUAAGGAGACCAUGUUCAUCUUUCCAUUGAAUUUUAACACUGUUGUACACACCUUCUACGCAAGCAUGGGGGAUACUCGCACUGAAGCAAUGGUCUUGGAGAAGGAGGAGGCCCAGCAGCUGUGCAAAGCCACAUCAGGCGUGGAGAAUUUGACAUACCUGCAGGACCAGGGAGAUCUUUGGGGCCCCGUGUUCGCUUGUUUCCUGGGGACCCUUCCUCCUAACAGGGAGGUGACCAUCAGCCUGUGCUAUGUCCAAGAGCUGACACUGCAGCCUGAUGGAGCUGCCCAGUUUUGCUGGCCACGUGAGCUGUUCCCCUCAAGAAAAUACAUUAACUGGAUCUCUUUGGAGGAGGAGACGUCCAAAAGCCUACAUUUCGGUAUCUGUCUGAGGUCAGGCCAUGGUGUGUCCCAUAUAGCCGUUAACAGCAGUCACACCCCUCUGCAAUACAUAGCUCCAGAUCAAACAUCUGCUGAGGUAACAGCCCUGCCAGAUGCUGGAGUCACAAACAGGGAGAGAAGGGUCUGCAGCCUGCUGAUGCUCCUUAGGACUCCUCAAUCCUUUUAUAUGGUUAUUUCCACCCUACUUGUCUCUGCUUGUCCUCAGGUCUCCUUGAAACUGCCACCCUGGAUGCAGGAUGAUCUGAACUUGCUGGUGUAUUACAGAGGGUCUCCUAGUCUCAGUGCUGUGGUGGAGAGGAGAGAUCCCAAAGCUUCACCUGGGUCUCUGCUGGGAAACACGGUGGUGAUGGUGACAUUGAUGCCCAACAUUCCAGACACGGUGCCCAAUCCAGGCCAGUUUGGGGAAUUCCUCUUUCUUAUGGACCGCAGCCUCUUCCAGGAUGCACAGCUUCUCCAUCUGAGCUCUGCCCAUCCCUCCGUCUGUUCCCAGAAUACACUGCUCUUCCUCCUCAAGAGUUUGCCUCUGGGCUGUUACUUCAACAUCUACAGUUUCGGAGCCACUUUCAAAGCCUUCUAUCCGCAAAGUGUGGAAUACACACAGGAAAGCAUGGACAAUGCAGUGGGGAGCAUCUCCUCCAUCUGCCCUGAUCUGGGAGGCUGUGACCUGUUGGGCCUUCUAAGGUUUAUCUACAGCACUCCUCUCCUUCAUGGGCAUCCCCGCCAGCUUUUCAUCUUCAUCCAAAGGAAGGUCUCCAAUGAAGAGGAAGCUGUCAUGGCUGAGGUCUACCGCUACCGGGACCACCACCGGUGUUUCUGUUUUCCUACUAACAGCUGUGACAGCUUCAACCUUUCCCAGGCCAUGGCCCUGGAGACCAAAGGUGAAUGUGUGUGCAUCCACUCUAGGAUGGAUAUGACAUCUGAGGCAGUGAAAUGUCUGCAGCAGGCUCUGCAGCCUCUCGCAAGUGGGAUCUCACUACAUUGGGACCUUCCACCUGGCCUGGAGGUGUCGAUGAUCAGAAAAGCUCCUGAAAUGAUCUUCCAAGGACACCAGAGCUCCAUCUAUGCCCAGAUCCAUGGGCAAGCACAGGAUCCUGAGGUGGAUGAGGGAGCUGUUACCCUUCAGUACUAUGUGGGCCACCAGUCCUUUGAAUACACACUCAGGUUCUCACUGUCCCCAUCAUCAGACAGCAGGCUGCCUGUCCAUCGCAUGGCCAUGAAGCACCUGCUGUGGAAACUGGCCUGGGAGGGGACAAGCAGGGCAGAGAAGGACGUUCGUCACAGCACAGUGAAGUCCAGUCUCAGCCUGGGGGUCCUGUCCCCCUUCACAUCCGUUGUGGCAGUACGCAUGAAACAGAGGGAUGCCUGGCACCAUGAUUCUUUGCCUCCAGGCUCCUCCAUGUCCUCUCUUUCUUGCAACCUGGUUCCCUGCCAGCUGCUCUGGUUGCGUGGCUUCAGGCCUGGGUGGUUCAAGUCCACCAAGUUUUGGAUGGUCCAGAAGUGUCAGUCCUGCCUUGAGACACUUGAUCGCAAAGCCCGUGACACUGAGGCACUCACCCAGUUUUCAGCAUCCUGUAAAGAGUGGGAGCCUUCUCCUGAAGACGACACGAUGGAAGAACCACCGGCAUUCAACAUGAGUUGGAACUGGACAAUUUCACCACUGUCAACAAGGCUGUGUGACUUUUCUGGGCUCAGGGUAGUGGUGGCACUUCAGAAAGCAAAUGGGUCCUGGGCUCCAACUGCAGCCCUGGCCUCUGCCUUGGGGCUCAGCAAAGCUGAUGUUGAGGGACAAAGGCCCAGUGAGGUUGUGCAACCAACUGCCUGGGCCACAGUUUUGGCCUUAGUCUGGUUGCACCAGUACAAAUGGAAGGUAUCUUGGUCAGACCUUCUGCGGGCCAAAGCUUGUAGGUGGCUGCAGGACCAAGAAGGAAGGAUCAUUGGCGGGCAGGAAGCUCGGCCCCACUCCAGGCGCUACAUGGCUUAUGUAUCAAUUGGAAGUCGGUCAGGUACAUCUAACUGUGGAGGAUUCCUGAUUCACCCGUAUGCAGUGCUCUCAGCAGCUCACUGUGUGGCUGGUAAAACGGGAGUGAAUAUCACUGUGACUCUGGGAGCCCACAACAUAAAGAAGGAAGAGCUGAGCCAGCAGAAGUUCCACAUUGGUCGCUGGGUCAUCCACCCCAACUAUUCAGGAGAUACCCUUGCAAACGACAUAAUGCUGCUGAAGCUGAAGCCAAAGGCCAAGCUGACUAAGCAAGUGAAUCGUGUCCCCUUGCCCAGGCACAAUGAGCAUAUUAAGCAAGGAACUAGAUGCAAAGUGGCUGGCUGGGGCUGGACAUCAACAACACGGGAUAAGACCAGUGUGCUGAUGGAGGUGGACCUGAAGGUGCAGAGUGAGGACAUAUGUGAGAAGUCUUUCAAAAAGAACUAUCUGCGUGAGUCUAUGAUCUGCUGUGGCGAUGAGGAUGGCAAAAAAUCAACUUCCCGUGGUGAUUCUGGUGGCCCUUUAGUCUGCAAUGGGAAGGCUCAUGGCAUUGUUUCUUAUGGACACAAAAAUCGCAUCUUCCCUAAAGUAUUUACCAGAGUCUCCUAUUUUGAACCCUGGAUACGUAAAGAGCUGAGAAAGUUUGCGCUCCAAGACCUACCUGACUCUCCCUCCUCUUACUAAAAUGCUCAGUGCCCCGUUUCCACAACAUGCUGAUGCUUAGAGGCUUCCACGGGCAGCUCAGAUGGGGUCAGCAAUGCUCUCACGGCACAGGCACAGGCUUCUGUGCCAAGGUGGUUCUCCAUGCUAAGGUAAAAUUCCAAGUCCCAAGUACACACAGAUUCACAUUAUUCCCUUCCUCCCACUGCUGCGCAACAGUGCCACCUCCUGCUCUGCUUUCUGACCACCAAUAAAAGCAUGUUCAAACUUGCUGUGUGCAGCCU